GUCAAAAAUCCGGGGGGUUCCACCAGAGAGAAUCUGGGGAAAACCUUCGCCCUCGCACUGCACCUGCAGACUGGUGGAGAUUCAACCAGAGAAUCAUGCGGACUAGGGCAAUCUUAAUGCUCGUAUAGUCCAGGUUAGGUGCAUAGAUCGUGCCAUUGAUUGUGGUCUGAGUCCUGUGUCGCAAGCUUCUAUAAAGGCCCUGUAUGUGCCUUCACUUCCCACACAAUCAUCCACUUCAUUCGCAACAGCCCCGACGUGGCCUGCGGCAUACCUGACCCAAAAUGACUCCAGAAAAGGCCGCCAUGUCUGAACACAUUGAGAACGACAACCCACCGAGCCAUGAUGACCUCGACCUCCCCAACAGCACCGAGGCACAGGCAGCCAUUGCGAAAGAACAUGACAUGACUCUAUGGGAAGCCCUUCGGCUUUAUCCCAAGGCCGUGGGGUGGUCUCUUCUGUUUUCCUGUGCCAUCAUCAUGGAAGGCUAUGAUGUCGUCCUCAUCGGCUCUUUCCUCGCAUUUCCUGCAUUUAACGAAAAAUACGGAGGUCUCAUGUCUGAUGGGACCUACGGGCUCGAGGCUAAGUGGCAAGCAGGUGUAAAUAACGCGAUGGCCUGCGGUCAGAUUAUCGGACUUUUCCUCAACGGUCUUGUCUCAGAGCGCUUUGGAUACCGCAAGACCCUGAUGGCAUGUCUUGCCGCCACUGUUGGUUUUGUUUUCAUUCUGUUCUUUGCGCCCAAUAUCCAAACACUGGUGGUCGGCGAGCUCUUUAUGGGCAUCCCCCUUGGUGUAUAUCAAACCCUCGUCGUGACAUACGCAUCGGAAGUGUGUCCAAUUGCGCUGCGCGCAUAUCUCACCACAUAUGUUAACCUCUGCUGGGUGCUCGGCCAAUUGCUCGCCUCGGGCGUGUUGAAGGGUCUCGCCAAUCGCACCGAUCAAUGGGCAUAUCGCAUUCCCUUCGCCCUGCAAUGGGUCUGGCCCGUCCCCAUUUUCAUUGGGGUGUUUCUAGCCCCCGAGAGCCCCUGGUGGCUCGUUCGAAAAGACCGCCGCGAAGACGCCGUCAAGGCUGUGAAACGACUGACCAGCGGUACCGCUGAUUUCAACGCCGAAGAAACCGUAUCGAUGAUCGUGUACACUGACGCACUCGAGCGACGCGCUGAAACCGGUACCUCCUACCUUGACUGCUUCAAGAAGACCGACUUACGCCGAACCGAAAUCGCCUGCUGCGCGUGGGCAGCGCAGAGUCUGUGCGGCGCAGGCCUGAUGGGCUAUUCCACCGUCUUCUACCAGCGCGCGGGUCUCGCCGUGUCGCAGUCCUUCACCAUGUCGCUCGUGCAGUACGCUCUGGGCGUAGUGGGGACAUUCAUCUCCUGGACGGCGAUGUCGUACUUCGGCCGUCGCACCCUCUACGUCGGUGGCCUAUUCCUCCUAGCCAUUGUGCUAUUCGUCAUCGGGUUCGUCUCAAUCGCUCCGUCCACCUCCGCCAUCUCCUGGGCCACCGGCUCCAUGCUUCUCGUCUAUACCUUCAUCUACGAUUCCACCGUCGGACCCGUCUGCUUCGCUCUCGUGGGCGAAAUCCCAUCCUCCCGACUCCGUACUAAAACCGUGGUCCUUGCCCGAAACGUCUACAAUAUUCUAAACCUAGUCACUGGAAUCAUCAUCCCCUACAUGCUGAACGUGGACGCCUGGAACUGGCGUGGAAAGUCUGGUUUCUUCUGGGGUGCGCUGUGCGUUUGCUGUUUGACGUGGUCGUUCUUCCGCCUGCCAGAGCCUAAGGGACGGUCAUAUGCUGAGCUGGAUCUGUUGUUUGAGAGACAGGUCAAGACGCGGGACUUUGCGACAGCUAAGACUGGGUUGGAGGAUCUGCAGGGCGACGAGAAGGAUGAUAUGGUGAAGGUAUGAGUUUUGGUAUGGGAUUCAGUUAGGUUUUGUGUAAUAAGGUGCAAGUGGUGUUCUUGUGUAGGGAGUUUCUGUCAUACUAUUUCGUUCAGUUAUAUACUUUCCAGAUGUUUGUACCUUGUUUUGUUCCGAAUUGGCUUUGCAGAAGGCCUA